CGUCAGAGACAAAUCAGCUGUUUCUUGAUGUUUUUAUUUUACCGCAGAUUUUUAUUCAAAUUUAACCUCACUUUGACAUUAGUAAUAAGGUCGGUCAAUAUCGUAAACAUAAUUUCUAGUGGUAAAUGCAUCUGAAUUCUGAAAAUUCUUCUUAUAUUAACGCGAGACAUUGAUAUUUUGCAUUUUAUUUAAUCACAAAUCUUUCUCAAUGGAAAUAAACAAAACAAAAUGUCUUAUUUAUUUGCUAACUUUUGUAGGUUAUGCAUGGAGCGGUUACGGUUCAUCUGUACUAGCUAAUCUCAGAGAGGCUGUUUUAGCUGCUGAAAACGUUUUUGGAAAUGUCAUGGAAAAUGCAGUCAAAGUUCUAAAUAGGUUUUCAGAAUAUCAAGGUCAUAUACAUAGUUUGGCUGAAGAGGAGUGCAUAUUUAAAUGUCCGGACGGAAGUUCUCCGAAGCGUAAUAAAUAUUAUAAAGCAACAGCAAACGGAUGUGGACCAGAAGGAAUGGCAAAGAUAGACAUGACUUAUCUACCUUUCGAUGGAAUGACAAAAUGCUGCAACGAGCACGACAUUUGCUAUGGCACUUGCAAUAACGACAAAGACGGAUGCGACUUGUCAUUCAAACGGUGUCUAUAUAAGAUCUGUGAUAACUACAAACCACCCAAAGAAGUAGAGUUCAUUCGUACAGGUUGUAAGUUGGCUGCUAAAGGUUUUUCAAGUGCAACGUUGAUUGGCGGCUGCCCAGCCUACUUGAAUGCACAAAAAGAGGCGUGCUUCUGUCCGGAGGACUCCAAAAAGCGCCCUUCCGAAGAGCUGUAACACUGCAACUCUAAACGGACUCGUGUUCUCCCUACUUGGAAUUGGCGCAUUUAUCAAAAUUUAUAUUCUUUAUCUAAUCUACGUAUAAUGACUUAGCAGUAAGAAAUGUUUAUUUAUUUUUCAAUCAAGUAGCUAUUGUGAUAUGAGGAUUUGUGAUUUCAACUAUUUUUAAAAAUACCGUAACGUACAUAUACGUAAUUAGCUUAAAUCGACCUCACACCAUAAUCUAGUCAACCCCUUCGAAUUGAGAUAUGUUUUUCAAUCUCUAUACCUUUAUAGACCUACUUUCAAGUUUUCGAGCUUCACAAAUACGCUUAUCAAGAGUGUAUUUUCAUCGCCUCAGAACUAUUAUAGAUUCUAGCUUCAAUAGAUAAGUGUAUCAAAUGUCUCAGAAAUCUGCCAAAGAAUGUCCACCAUGAUCACCGCAUUUUAAAAACUAUAAAGUAGGUAAUGUCAUUAUGAUGAUGACUAUCUACGUGAACGUCGUAUUCUUGUAUACUGUAUUUCGAUGUGAUAUUCGUCCAAUGAAUUCUGAUUUUCAACCAUCAUAUUGCUAUGUAAUUCUAUUAGUUCGAAGAAUACUGAAUCCAGAUUGCCAAGUGAACUCUGUAUUCUCAUAAAUCAUUUUAUACUGUAAUAUCUUCGUUCAUCGUAUUCUAAAUCUUGGAACACCAUUAAUUUGUUGUAUUGUAAUUUUAAUACUUGUACUUCAAAUUGUUUAUUAUGAUUAUUAACUUCAAGAUUUAAUUUUUAACACUAUAUUAUUCUCGUCAUUAUAUAAGCUCAGAGAGUUCAGAUAGCAGUACGAACUGUAACUCCUUAUUGAGUUUUUUUGUAUACAGAGGUUUUUUUCAAUACACAUUUUUGAGAGUAUAAUGCCAAGUUUCUACAAGUACUAUCUUUAAGAAUGCGAUUUGAGUAUUCAAUAAACAGCUACGUUGUUCAUAAUUAUGUCAUAGUUUGCCAGUGCUCUGUACCCUGUUGCGUCUUAAAUAUAAUUUUGUUGAAUAUAUUUUUGACAGCGCAUAAUAAAUUGAGAUAGGUGGAAAUCAAAAUCGACUGAGACCGUAUCUAUCAUUUCUGAUAGUCUAUCAUUUGGUGGACAGUUAAAUACGGUACUUACUUACAUUAUAAAAGUUAGAGCAUAUUAUCUUCUACAUAGGUAACUGACCAUUGAUGUGCCUUAUAUAAAUUUGAUAACUAUUUCCUCAGUAGGUAGUCUAAUUGGUUUAUCAAAUUUGUUACUCUAUAAUAUAACAACUCUAUAAAUUAAGUAUAUUAAUAAUGAAAUUAUAUAUUUACAAGGAAGGGUGAACAAUGCCAAUUAAUCAUGAGUUAAAUUGAGAAAGUAAAAUAGUCUGUUGAAUUAACAGUUGCAUUUUGUCAUUUGAUUCGUAUGAACAUUUUUUAAUAUAAGAAUUUCCAAUUAUAAAAUUCCAUCUUCAGGAAGCAUGCAGUUUUUCAUUUGAAUAUACGGAUUUAAUGUUUCCAUGUAAUUUUUGUACUUGUUACACAGGGUAAUAAUAGAUUAUAUGUUUAAAUCUGCAAUCUAAUUUAUUUUACGAAAAUACUAAACUAGCAAACAGUAGUUGAUAAUAAUUUUCAUUAGCAGUUCAGAUCUCUCAGGUCUAAGGAAUUACAGUACCUAUUAGUAUAAGGGUAGGUAACACAUAUACUGAACUAGAUAAUUUUGUGUGAUUUAAAACAACUGUUGUAUGUUUCCAAGCUUAUUAAUAAAUAUUAGUGAUUACGGUUCAAGAUUAGCUGUGAAAAGAAAUUAUAAAGCAUUUUAAUUUAAUUUAGAAAUUAGUUUCCUUAAUGUAUUUAUCUGUUUAAAGGAUGGACAGUUUUCGUUUUCGUAACAAAUUGUUGUAACAAGCGAUCAGUUUUUAUAAGUGUUUUUGUUGAUUUUGUUCUAAUAUAGUUCCUUUCCAAUAUU